AUGCCCUGCGCCAUCCCAAAGUACUCCGACCAGGACUAUUGGGAGAAGCGGUACCAGGCAGACGGCCAGAGUGAGGAGACCACAGAGUGGUACCUGGGGUGGGAAGUGCUCAAAGAGCACCUCUUCGACAGAGGCCUCCGCCGCGGGCUGGUGCUGGAGUUGGGCUGUGGAAGCAAGUCCUUGGCACCAGGUCUUGGAGAGGCGGGAUUUGUGGCCAUCGCCACAGACUUCUCGCCGACCGCCAUCCAGCAGGCGGCCGCGGCCGCGGCGGCCGCGGCCAGCUUCGGUUCACAAGACUUUGCCACGCUGGAUGUGAGGACUCUUCCGCACCGGUCUGGAGUCUACGACGCGGUCAUCGACAAAGGUUGCUUCGACGCCCUGAAGCCGGAAGACUCCAGCCAGAUGCUCUUGGAGGCAUGUCGAGUAUUGGUGCCUGGAGGCCGCUUCUUAUGUGUCUCAAACAACGAGGUCUUGGUGCGCAGCCGAGCACGGAAAGUCCCAGGCUGGCGGGCGGCGGGCGAGCCCUCUCAGAUUCCGGGCAUUGAUGAUGAGGCGUACCUCCUGGAGAACUCCCUUCGAUUAUCUACCUGCACUGCUAUGUCCGCGAAGCGGUGCCUUCCAAGAUGUACGUCAACCCAAGCACCGUCUCGUCUCCUGUUGAGAGACCUUUGGUCAUCUUCACGCCCUGGGCGCAGAAAGCCACGGACAUCUCGGUGUACGUUGCGGAGGAGGGGCACCUCAUUGUUGCUUCAGCACAUGCAAGUUUACAGCCACUUCAAGCUCACUGGCAAGAUGGCCGCCUUGAGGAAGGCCCCAGGCUCCACCAAGCCCAGGGCCAAGGUCGAGGCUAAGGCGGCGCCUCCAGACAGACCGAUUACAAAGCUGAUCGCAGAGGCGGAGGCUGUGGGAGAGAGAUGUGUGCAGCUUCCCCGGAGUGAGCUGACGGAGGGGGAUCGGGUCGUGGUGAGAUACUCCUUGCUGCUGGAAGCGGCUCCGGGCUCCUUGCUCCCGCCCAUCUUGCGGCUCAAGGGCUUGGGCGUCACCGGAGGGAAGAAGUUGACCCUGCGGCAUGUCUCCUUGAAGCAAGGAGGAAUGGGCGACUGCCUGAUCGAUGUCGGCCCAGGCAAAGCAUUUUCCAUGUCCGACAGCAGGAUAGCAAAGAGUACCCUGAGCGGCAUCUUGGUGGAUGGCAGACCUGGGGAGACUAGCCUUUCCUCCUGCACCCUCUCCGACAACGGCCAGUUUGGCAUUUGGGUGGAUUCUGGCUGCCGCGUGUCCGGGGUGCGAAACUCGCUGGCCGGAAACUCGUUAGGGGAGACUGGGGGUCGCGGCGAGACGGCAAAGAACCUGACAGUGACCUUCAGCGUUGGGGACGCUUGCAGCGUGUGGUGCGAGGAGAAGGCUGUUUGGCUGCCUGGCAUGGUGACAAAGGUGCUGCAGGAUUGCUGGGUGGUCCGAGCCGAGCUGCCCUCCAAGCUGGAGGUGCGCACAGAGACGGCCCCGCAGCGCAAACGUCAGAAGGGCCCGGAUGCGUCUUCCGAGGUGAAGCAGACGGAGAUUCGCGCCCGCCAGGACUCAAUCCGCCUGCCCAGCGGGGGAGAUGAGCCUCCCAGCUGGUCCAAGAAGCUGAAGACCUACAAAAGAAGGCAGAACGCCUUCAACCUCUUCCUGCGCGAUGGUGGCCGGAGCACCUCUGCGUGGAAGGCCCUCGACGUGAAGGAGAAGGCGAAGUACCAGUUGAAGGCGCGCAAAGUGGACAAGGAGCAGAAGCAAAAGGCGGACAAGCCGCAGACGAUUAUUCAGGCCAAUCAGCUGGUCAAGUCCAUUGCCAAGCAUAAGAAAGGACUUUCCAAGAUUGAGGACUGA